GGCUUUGAGCUGUGAUUUAGCUGUCGUUUUUUUUUCUUUUUCAAAAUAAUUAAAAAAAAAACGUAUAAUAUUUUGAUUUCUCUUUCUAUUUGACACACUCACACAUCUCCAAAAUCCCUAGAAAAAACCCUUCUCUUCUCCACUCUCCACUAUCCAUUCAACACAUUCUCUCUCCUCUUAAACCAGACUACACCAGAGAGAGAGAAGAGAACCAAAACCAAAACCAAACCAAAGACUCCGCCUUUAUUCUCUUAUUAUUACAUUGCCCAUUUUUCUUUUUCUUCUCAGAUCUGAAAAACGGAGUCUUUCUGAGAAAACCCAUUUGGGGUUAACCAGCCUAGAAAGUGAGGGAUUUAUAAUUAUUAUCCUGGAAAAAGAAAAAGAAAAAAAAGUGGCAUUGAGAGCAUCAGAUGUCUCAUGUGAGAUGAAGAAGAAGACCCAUUUCAGCCUUAGUUUUCUUAAUAUUUCAGUCCUCAUUGUCUUCCUCCUCUUCGCUGCUUCAGUCUCCGUCUGCUCCUCUGAGCCGGCGGCUUCUCUCAUCAGCCAUGGACGCCUCAGCUCAGCAGAGACACUGUUCAUCAAGCAACGUCAGUUGCUUUAUUACAGGGACGAGUUUGGUGACAGAGGAGAGAAUGUGACUGUUGACCCAUCUCUGGUUUUCGAGAAUGGAAGGAUUAGAAACGCUUAUAUAGCUUUACAAGCAUGGAAGCAAGCCAUUCUCUCAGACCCUUUGAAUAUUACCGGUACCUGGGUUGGAUCUGAUGUUUGCAGCUACACCGGGAUCUUCUGUGCUCCGGCACUCGAUAACCGUAAGAUCCGUACAGUCGCAGGUAUUGAUCUCAACCAUGCCGACAUUGCCGGUUAUCUUCCGGAGGAGCUUGGGCUGCUUGUGGAUCUAGCAUUGUUCCAUAUUAACUCAAACAGGUUUUGUGGUACGGUUCCUCACAAGUUUAAGAAUCUGAAGUUGCUUUUUGAGUUAGAUCUCAGUAACAACAGGUUCGCCGGGAAAUUUCCUGUGGUGAUUCUGAAACUCCCAUCGCUGAAAUUCUUGGAUCUGAGGUUCAACGAGUUUGAAGGGUCGGUACCUCGUGAGCUCUUUGACAGACCAUUGGACGCCAUUUUCAUCAACCAUAACAGGUUUGUGUUUAAUCUGCCUGACAAUUUCGGAAACUCACCGGUGUCGGUAAUCGUAGUGGCGAACAACAAAUUCCACGGCUGUGUACCGUCGAGCUUGGGGAACAUGUCGAACCUGAACGAGAUUAUCUUGAUGAACAAUGGUUUGAAUUCAUGUCUUCCACCGGAGAUUGGAAUGCUUAAGAAUCUAACUGUGUUCGAUGUGAGCUUCAACAAGCUUAUGGGUCCAAUCCCUAACACGUUCAAAGAUCUGAAAAGCCUGGAACAGCUCAAUGUGGCACACAAUAUGCUCUCAGGGAAGAUUCCUGAUGGCAUUUGCUCCUUGCCCAGUCUGCAAAACUUCACCUUCUCCUACAAUUUCUUCACCGGAGAGCCACCGUCGUGUUUGGCACUACAAGGGUUCGAUGAUCGGAGGAAUUGUCUUCCUUCAAGGCCAUUACAGAGGUCUGCUGGGGCUUGUAAGUCGUUCCUUUCUCACCCAGUGGAUUGUUCUACUUUCAAAUGUAAACCCUUUGUUCCUUCUCUCCCAUCACCUCCUCCUCCUUCUCCUCCUCUCCUUUCCCCUCCUCCGGUGGUUUUCCCUCCACCACCAGUUGUUAAGCCUUUACCACCACCACCUCCCCCACCACCAUCUCCAUCUCCUCCUCCACCGCCAGUGUACUCACCACCCCCACCUCCACCACCAGUCUACUCACCACCCCCUCCUCCACCACCAGUCUACUCACCACCUCCGCCGCCCCCAUCUCCACCUCCACCUUCCCCUCCUCCUCCACCACCACCAGUAUACUCCCCUCCACCGCCACCACCAUCUCCCCCUCCACCUUCACCGCCACCACCAUCGCCCCCACCGCCAGUUUAUUCCCCACCACCACCUCCACCAUCACCUCCUCCACCUUCUCCUCCACCCCCAUUGUAUUCCCCACCACCACCACCACCACCAUCUUCGCCAGCUCCAAUACCUUACUGCGUCCGGUCUCCGCCACCACCUCCGCCAAAUUCACCACCACCUCCUCCACCUCUAAACUCUCCACCUCCACCAAGUCCUUACUACUAUAACUCACCACCACCACCACCACAUCACUCGCCGCCACCACCUCAUCACUAUUCACCACCACCCCCACAUUCUCCUCCACCACCAAUAUACCCCUAUAGUUCACCACCACCGCCACCUGUUCAUUCUCCACCUCCCCCAGUUCAUUCUCCUCCACCACCAUCACCUCCUCCUUGUAUAGAACCUCCACCACCUCCUUCCCCACCACCAUGUGUAGAGUACUCUCCCCCACCACCACCAUUACCAUCACCGCCGCCACCUACUGUUUACAUACCACCUCCAUCACCUUCACCACCACCUCCUCCACCAGUGUACCAUUCUCCACCGCCACCAUCACCACCUGUUCAUUAUAGUUCUCCACCACCUCCAGUUCACUAUAGUUCUCCGCCACCACCAGUUGUCCACUACAGUUCUCCACCUCCACCAGUUGCAUCACCACCUCCACCUGUUCCAUGUGAGCAUCCACCACCUUCUGUAUCACCUCCGCCGCCACCAAUUGUUUAUGAAAGCCCGCCACCUCCUACUCCUGUAUAUGAGGGGCCAUUGCCACCAAUCUAUGGGGUUUCAUAUGCUUCUCCUCCACCACCACCCUUCUAUUGAUUCUUUUGAGAAUUUUCUUCCUCUAACCUUUUGUUCAAGAACCUUAAAGAAUUUUACAGCGUUAUUUAGUGAUCAAUCCCCCACCACCAAAAAAAAUUAUUAAAAAGUUUCUUUUUUCUUUUUUUAUUCCCCUUGUGCUUCAUAACUACAAGUUCUUUUUCUCAUUUGGGCAAUUCUCAUCGCUCGGUGGAGGAGGAAGAAGAAGAAAAUAAAAGCCAAAAUUAGUUGAAGAUAUGAAAAGGGUCACUGUUCAAUUCUGGGUUUGUUUCAUUGACUCUUGCGGAUGUCAAAUUCAUUUGUACAACAGAGAAGAAGAAAUUGAGGAAGAGGUGAAAAAAGUAAAAAAAAAAUGAGACAGUGAGAGAGGUAAGAGGAGAAAAAAAUCUCUCCAUAUUUAUUUAAAAAUUGUUAUGAGAUGGAUAUUUUGAGUUGUGAAAAAUAAAAAUGGCAGAGAAAGAGUUUUAGGUUGCAGAGAAUUGUGUAUGUAUAGGGAUGAAUUUGGUGACCAUAUUAUUCAGGGCUACAAGAACAGCAGCAGCAGCAGCAUCACACCAUCAUCAUCAUCAUCAUCAUAAUUAUCUUUUGCUGUUGCUGCUGCCUGCUCGUUUGUGGGUUUUUAUUGUUAUUAUCUCUUCUAUAUCAUACUUUUAUUUCUUUUGAUUUCCAAUUUUAUAGUAUAAUCAUGAACCAUUUUUACUUGUA